CUUGUCUUCGUCGCCACUACUACUGUCGUCUCUUGGCACUAUCUUACUCACUCCCUCACAUUCAUGAUUCAUCUUUACUACUAAUAAUAAUAUUAAUAAUAAUAAUAAUAAUAAUAUUAUAAUUACAGUUGAAAGCUGAGCUCAGUCAAGACAUGAGCCUUACUGCCACUGCUGAUUCCGAGAGAGAGAGAAACACAGACAGAGAUCUAUCUACCGAUUCUAGAGAGAGAAACCUUCCAUUUUUCUAGAAAGAAAAAAUGAGGGAACUAAUGGCCGAUGCUUCCUCAUUGCCACAACAACCUCAAACGCCGCCUCAGGCUUUGCUGGAGAGACUCAAGGACUUCGGCCAAGAAGAUGCAUUUGCUCUCUGGGACGAGCUUUCCCCCGAAGAACGCCUCAUUCUUGUCAAUGAUAUCGAGAGUUUAGAUCUUUCGAGAAUAGAUCGGGUUAUCCGAUGUUCAUUUCGGUCUCAUGGCCUUCCGGCAGCUGCUAUUGAGCCGGUACCGGAGAGCUGUGUAUCAACGGUGGAGGAGCGGACACUUGGGGACAGAGAGAGAUGGUGGAAGAUGGGUUUGAAAGCAAUCUCAGAUGGAAAAUUGGCUGUGUUGCUUUUGUCUGGUGGCCAGGGAACUCGGCUUGGUAGUUCAGAUCCAAAGGGGUGCUUCAAUAUUGGGCUUCCAUCUGGAAAGUCACUAUUUCAACUCCAAGCUGAACGAAUCUUGUGUGUUCAGAGUUUAGCUGCUGAAGCCAUAAAUGAUGGUUCCUCUGGUUCAAUGCAAAUACAUUGGUAUAUUAUGACAAGUCCAUUCACUGAUGAGGCCACACGCAAAUUUUUUGAAAGUCACAAGUUUUUUGGUCUUGAACCUGAUCAAGUUACCUUUUUUCAACAAGGAACCAUACCUUGCGUUUCGAAAGAUGGUAGAUUUAUAAUGGAAACACCAUACAAAGUAGCUAAGGCUCCGGAUGGGAAUGGAGGAGUUUAUACAGCGCUGAAGUCCUCAAAAUUAUUAGAAGAUAUGUCCAUGAGAGGAAUUAAAUAUGUGGAUUGCUAUGGUGUUGACAAUGCAUUGGUUCGUGUAGCUGAUCCAACUUUCGUGGGUUAUUUCAUUGAUAAAGGUGUUGUUGCUGCUGCUAAGGUUGUCCGUAAGGCAUACCCCCAAGAGAAAGUUGGUGUCUUUGUGCGCCGAGGAAAAGGUGGUCCUCUAACUGUUGUCGAAUACAGUGAGUUGGAUCCAACUAUGGCUUCUGCAAUUAAUCAAGGAACUGGACGCCUUCGGUAUUGUUGGAGUAAUGUAUGCCUGCACAUGUUUACUCUGGAUUUCCUGAACCAAGUGGCAAAUGGCCUUGAGAAAGACAGCAUCUACCAUCUUGCUGAGAAGAUAAUUCCUUCUAUUCAUGGACAUACAAUGGGAUUUAAACUGGAGCAGUUCAUAUUUGAUGCAUUUCCAUAUGCGCCUUCUACUGCCCUUUUUGAGGUAUUACGCGAAGAAGAGUUUGCACCUGUUAAAAAUAUCAAUGGGUCAACUUUUGACACUCCGGAAAGUGCUAAACUUCUUGUUCUCCGCCUUCAUUCUCGUUGGGUAGUUGCUGCUGGUGGAUUCUUAACACAUUCAGUGCCUUUAUAUGCAACUGGUGUAGAGGUAUCGCCACUUUGUUCAUAUGCUGGAGAGAAUCUAGAAGCUAUAUGCCGUGGCAGAACCUUUCAUGCUCCCUGUGAGAUUACAUUCUAAACAUGAUUUCUUUUGUAUGUUCUAUAAUUUUAUUUGUGCAGCUCCUUUCAAGCAUAAAUUAAUUGAGAAACUCCACCCAUGUCAUGUUCAUUCUAACCUACACGAUUUUAGAGUGAACUGCUGAUUAACUGAUGUAUGAAAGAUGUUUUCUUGGGUUGUUUUUAAACGUACUUCAAUUCUUUCAA